CCUGGCCUUAUCUACUUCACUCAAUGACCACAAAACAAAAACCAUGGCUGCUCUUCAACAUUCAUGGCUUUCAUCUCUCAAAACCACUGCUCUUUUCUCUUCCGCAAACCAACACAAGAGUUCUCUUUUCAAGGUUCCAUUUUCUCAGAAUUGGAGCCAAUCUAGUGAUGAAGCUUCAAACCCUGAGUCACCUAACUCGGAAGAAGCUGCUCCUGUUGACCCUGUGAAGCUUGCUUUUGAAAAGGCUAAAUCUUAUAAGAAAACCAAAGUGAACCCGGACGGGGAUUCGAGUCCAGCUUCAGUUAAGGUUGCAAAGGAGAAGACAAGCGAGUACAAGGAGAAUGGAAGUGAGAGCAUAAUUGCUUCUGUGAAGAAAACUGGGAGUGAGGGUACCUCACAGCAAAGCAAGAUUAUGGAAAAGAAGGUUCAGAAGCCGGAAAAGUUGUCGAUUUCGAGCAUUGAUUUCGUAGGGCUCGAGUUUGCUGAUAAAAAAAAGAGCAGAGGGUUACCACCUGGAUUGGUUCCAAUUUCAGAUCCUUUUACAGAAGGCGAUUUGCCUGAUGUUGAGAUUCUUGUUGGGGACACAAGCCAAUUUGGGGAGGCUACAAUGCCUGAGACGAAGCCAAGCACGGAAGAAGAAGAUUCGGAGUUUUACAAGCCGAAGGUAUCAACAUGGGGAGUCUUUCCUAGGCCCGGCAACAUCUCGAAGACGUUCGGUGGUGGAAGGACUAUUCGACCCGGGGAAGUGCUUGAGACAGAACAAGAUCGAGAAGCUAAAAACGAGCGCACGAGGCAAUUGCUUGCUGCAUACAAGAAGAAAGUUGGGUUAAAUGUUGACCCAAAGCUAAGAUCUGAAUGUGAGAAGAUAUUGGAGGAUGGCGACUCGUUGAUGGGUUCUGGGAAGCUUAAGGAAGCUUUAGCAUACUACGAAAGAAUAAUGGAGAAGAUGCCGUUUCAGAGUGAACUUCAUGGAGUAGCUGCUUUGCAGUGGUCUAUAUGUCAAGAUUCACUUAGUAGGUCGAACGAGGCUCGAAUUAUGUAUGAGAAGCUGCAGUCUCAUCCAAACCCCAAAGUAAGCAAGAAAGCAAGCCAGUUUAUGUACAGUUUCAAGGCCAUGGAAAUGAUGAAGGUAACAGGCUCAAACUUUUCACUAAAGAACACAGGCUACCAAAAUUACUUUGAGGCAUUUAUAGAAGACAAAGCCAAUUACACUGCAAAUGGGUCUGAAUUCACAGAAGGUGCAUUGAAUCAAGUCCUACCAUAUAUGAUUUUACUUGUUUCUCCCAUUGUUGCUGUAUUGGUCAUUGCUGUACAGAAAGGGUAUACAAAUUAGUAUUAAACCAAGGGAGACUACAACUCACACAUGUUGUACAUGUUUCAUUAUAUACCUUUCCAAAAAUAUACAUUCAAAGAUUUCAUUUUUCUGA